GGAGGAAUUAUUAGUCCCACAACUAUUACUUCCAGGUCUGCACUAUAAACACAUUCAUUAAAUUCAGCCAUCGAUUUAGUAGUCUCUGUUGAAUUUGCUGCUGGCUACACUCAAUAUCACGCCACGGAAAGUGCAGUGAUGGGUCAUAUGACAACUGCCUCAUCACAACCGGUUGGUCAAAAUAAAGUAGUUCCGUUGAAAAUCAGUUUAUGAUUAAAAAAAUAAUAAUUGCAACCAAACUAUGAAAACAAAAUGACUGCUAAUUUGUUAAAUAAUCAUUACAUUUCGAUUAAUUGCUGAAUAUUACUAAAUAUUUAAUUCAGCGUUCAAACUUUCACAACUCAUUUUAAGAGGCCGUGCGACGGAUGCCGCGUUCACAACAACUGGGAACUUGGAUAUAUCUGACUUCAGUGUAUUCACGACAAAUCGGGAACUCCGCUUCUUUCUAGAGCUCCGAAUUCCCGACCUAAAGAUCACUGAUGUAAUGAUUUGACACCGUUUCUUUCAUAGUUCCAAGUUGCCUUGAAAGCACCAUGAGCGUAGCCUAAACUAUUUUGCUAAUUCGACCUGCAGACCUCUCUUGCGCGUCAUAUGUUGUUAUUGUAUCCGUCCGCUGCAGUCGUACUAGGAAAGAAUCCGAGCCAAACAGCAGACCCGUGUUCCAUCGAAUUGUUACUUGAGGAUAUCUCAGAUCGACACCCUGUCAUUCUUUUGACAAUGAAGUUCCAAUACAAAGAGGAACAUCCAUUUGAAAAGAGACGGUCUGAGGGCGAGAAAAUAAGGAAGAAGUAUCCGGACAGGGUGCCUGUAAUUGUGGAAAAAGCCCCCAAAGCAAGGAUAGGAGAUUUGGACAAGAAGAAAUACCUCGUGCCCUCCGAUCUCACGGUGGGCCAGUUCUACUUCCUCAUCCGAAAACGAAUCCACCUGCGGGCAGAAGACGCCUUAUUCUUCUUUGUAAACAACGUCAUUCCACCCACUUCCGCCACCAUGGGCCUGCUAUACCAGGAGCACCAUGAAGAGGACUUUUUCCUCUACAUUGCCUACAGUGAUGAGAGUGUCUAUGGAGACAACCAUACAGAAAUUUGAACCUCCUCCCUUCCUCAACCAAGUCCCCCCCCCCCCCAAACCACACCCUGUGUCUAUUGAAAUGCUGUAUCCAGCUCAGCAGCCUGGAGUUCCCGGAGCAAAGAUGUCAGAUGCACUUUCACUCCCCCUCCUGUUAUCCCUUUGUUUUUACCCCUUUAGUUCUAUUCCAACAGUGUGAAUUUUAUUUGCCUCCAGGUCUUCGAGAUAGGGAUUUCAGUUGAAUGGUCCCGUAAGCCAGUUUUCAUAGUGCUUUGAUCAUGCUGAAACCGAGAACAGAUGCCAUUUUGAAACGACUGUUAGAAUUAGGCAAUGUUACCAGUUAUUCUAAAGAUGAGGGUUAAGAAAUUAGGAAGCCUUUGGAUCUACCGUGAUUAAAUUCUGCUCCAUUUGGCAAUGAAAAAAUGUAAUGUGUUUUAUUAAUGUCGUAGUGCUGGUAAGAUACUUUGAAGACGUAGUGUAUUUGACAUCUGACUGGAGUAGAAUAGAAUUCGAACUGAACAAUCAUCCCCCUUCUCUGCUUUGUGGUUAAAAAAUAUAUUAUUUUGAUUAUGAUUAUUGUACUUUAUUUUUUGAUUUCUGAGGUAUUGUAAAGCUAUUUUUUUGUUUCCUUUUUAAAAAGUUGGAACUCGUUAUACAGCUGCGUUACUGGCGUCUCCACUCAUGAUCAUACAUGAUAAAAUGUGACAAAAAGCGAACUCUUGUUUCCUGUCUGUUCUUAACUGUCAGUCUUUUGCCUUCAUUUUUUCUGCUGUAUGUGAACUUAUUGAAAUGGUUUCUGCGACCAUAGUCUUGAGAGAGAGAGCCUGAAUAAAGAACAUUUAUUUUCUUCCGUUCA